AUGGAACAAAAACAUAGCAUUGGAGUUGGAGGAGAUGAAGACGAAAUUGAUUGAUUUUCCCCAAAUUUUGACCCACAGAUACAUUGAAGCUCUGAUGGACUAACAGGUACUUCUACUGUAAAGAAAGAAGUAGCUAAAAUACCUAAGAAGAAGAUGAAAACAGCUUCUUUUUCCACAAAUCCCUCUCCUUAUGACCAUGAUCCAGAAGAGGAGAAAAUCAUUACUUCUAAACAGGAAAAAUACACAUCAGGGGAUGGAUGAGAUGUAGAGACUCAUGAAGUUUUAUGAGGUCCUGCUUUUGAUGAUCCUCCUCAGGCAGAGCCUAUAGUAUCAGAAACCGCUUCAACAACAGCGCCAAAUUCAAAUACAGAAAAAGCACAAAAUAGCCUCUCAUCGAUGCUCUCAGGCUUUCAGUUGGAAAGCUAUGAAGACAAAGAAAACGAUAUUGAGAAAAGAAUGAAGGAAUAUAUUGCGGAAGUAGAGGCUUCGUUAGGUCCCCAAGCCUCAUCUGAUGCCUGCAUUGGAACAGACAAUGACUUCUCAAUGCAAACAAGUUACAAAGAGUCUGAGCCUGAGCCUGAAGAAGAAGAUGAUAAGCUUAAAAAUCUCUUUACAGCUCCCUCACCCAUCGAUUCUGGAAUAGACAUUUCUUCUUUCAGAGUUUCAGGAGUUAUCGAAGAAUGGCAAGAACUAGCUAAUGAGAAGACAUAUGCAAACAUCUGAGAAGUUAUGGACCAGCAGCAAGAGCUAGAUCAUUACGCACAACAGCAAGAGGCAAACCAGAAUCCAGAAGCAGAGGGCGAAGACCCUGUUGACUCAAGCGAAGCUGAAGUUUCUCAAAGGGAGCAUGAAAGUGGUGCAGAUACAGAAGCCACAACAGCAGCUUAGAAUUUU